AUGUUUUUCUGCCCUACGUUUGUUAAUGAUGUUUUCUCAGAGGACACUCAGGGGGCAAUAGAUAGAUUGCUCCGCCUCAACGCGAAGUCCAACAUUGAUAUGAGGGAUGAAGAAACCAGGCAGAGUCACAUGAUCCCAGAUGCUGCUGCACUAUUUGAUGAAACAGAGGGAGCGAGGGAUCCAUUCUUUGGCGUUAUGGAGACUGGUUAUGGCCUGCCAAGUCCAAGCAGCCUCAUUCAGCGAAUGGAAGAGGUCUUACCUGAGCAAGUCCCACCCACUAGAGAACCAACACCACCUUCAGAUGGCAUCACGGCCAGCCAGGAGUCCAUCACCCUGACAGAAAGAGAGCCAGUCAUCAUGCCUGAGCCAGAGUUUGAAGGAGCAGAUCUGCUGGAGUCUGACAUGAUCGAGCUACUGCUGGAGCAGCCAGAUCACUUUCUCGAGCGUGACGACGAGAGGCAGCUGGAGAUAGACAGGGAAAGAGAGCAAAUAGAGAAAGAGACAGAAGAGGACAGAGAGCCCAGGAUGCCUGAUGAAAGAGAGCAAGAGAGAGCAGCGCUUGAGCGAGAGACAGCCAGAGAUCUGACAACAUCAGUCUCUUUAGAUCUGGCACAGAUCACUGGCGCAUCAAGCCAGGAGGCUGUCCUGCUGCCUGAGGAGGAUCUGGGGCUGCCCAUGGAAAUGCCUGUGUUAGAAGAACAAGAAAAGACCCCGGUAUCUGUGUCUAUGCCCAUGCCGUCCCCUCCGCCAGGCGAAGAGGAGAAAAUGGGUGUUGAACCCAGAGAAGAGAGGGCAGUGAGAGAGUGGAGCCCUGAUCUUGAGCCUGCUGUCGUGAGGCCUGAAUCCCCUACAGAGCGGAGGAAGAGGAGGAGACAGCUGCUCUUCAUUGAUGAAAACACGCAGAUCCCUCAAGAGGAAAUGAGGGCCCGGAUUGAUGACGUCGAGACAGAGACCAGGCCAUUGGCAUCUCUUGUCAAACCACCGUUUGAGAAGAAGGGUGCUAAAGAACUACUCGAGAACCCUUGCAUGAGCCUUCCACCUGAAAUCCUGGCACUAUGGAAACAGGCCGCGGUCCUGAGGCCCAUCCCACCGUCCCGGCAGCGCAGGGAGGUUCCUGUAGCUGAGGAAAUACCAGAGAGAGAGCAGGAGAGACCAGAACCAGGACAGAGAGAGGAGGAGAGAGAGCUUAGCUCAAAAGAGAUUCCCAGAGAAAUGUUGGAGUCUGGCCUCUUCCAGCAAGAAACGCCGGCCUCUCUGGUGGUUUUGGAGACGACAGACAAGGAUUUCUCUCCACUGGAGACUCCUGAAAUGAGACGAUCCCCUGUUCCAGAAAUUCAGUUCGGUCUUGAGGACAUCCCAGAAGAGAGGGUCCCAGAGAUGGAAGAUAUUACAAAGGAUAUCGAGGAAGAAUUAAGGCCACAGGAUGCUAUUGAAGGUUUGGUGACCUUUCACUCUCUGCUGCCCCCUCAGGCCAGCCGCAGAAUUGUUGCCCAAAUGUUUUUGAGAUUGCUAGAGGAAAUAGUCGCAGGACAGGUCACAGUGCGACAGGACGAGCCGUAUGGUGACAUAAUCAUUUCACAGCUGUAGAUCGAUGAGGACUGAUGAGGACUUGCAAUUGUUUCUGGACAAAACUGGUAUGAGGAUAUUUAUUCA